AUGGCGAUGGACGCUCCUCAAGUCAAGCUCUCCGAGCUGCUCCGGAUCCCGGACGACCUCGACAAGAUCACAGCGAUGAAGCAGGAAUUCACCCGCAAGAAGGGAGCCGUCGAUGGGCAACUGCGGAGCGGCCUCCGCGAACAGCUCGAGACAACACAGUCGGGCAUGACAGGGCUGACCGAGGGGCAAAAGGCCGUCCAGCAAAUCAAGGAGGAGAUGAUGAAGAUCGACAAGCUAUGCUCGGAGUCGCAGAACAUGAUCAAGGACUUCGCAACCAUCAAUCUGGUGUCGCAGGCGCACCGGAACUUCGGCGCAGUGGAGGCAAUGCGGAAGAACCUCGAGACAUUCAACGACAGGCUGGCGGGCGUCGAGAACAUGCUCCGUGCCGACGAGGCGGAUCAGGAGAACAUGCCGAACCUGCUUCCAAUACACUACGAGCUGACACAGCUGCGAAACAUCCGAGACGAUGCGAUCGAGCAAAUACAACGGAGUGGAGAACAAGACCUGCAGUCGACACUGGAGGAUUAUUUCGAGCGUUUGGAUGGAGCGAUCGAGUGGUUUGACGAGCACGUGCUCCUGAUCGCUACGAGUCUCAUCAAUCUCGUUACUGCGGAAAAUAACGGACUCAUCGUACGGUUCGCCGUCGUUAUGGAGGCAGAGGAGAAGAGCGACCAGAGAGUACUGGCCCUCCAAGAAGCACUGAAGGAUCACAAGGAGAUGGCCACUCGAUUUCAGAGCAUCACCGAUGGAGCCAAGACCGUGCGGGGCUACAAAGACAAGUUCAUGAAGGCAGUAAAAGAGUAUGCGGAUGCGCAAUUCACGCAAAGCCGGGAGGAGUUCCUCGACGACCCGACAAAACUAGACAAGAUCAUGAAAUGGUAUUUUAACGACCUCAACGCGGUCCGGAUAGGCAUGGUUCCUCUGAUGCCCAAGAAGUGGAAAAUCUUCAAAGCGUACGCUGACAUUUACCACGGCCUGAUGCACGACUUCUUGAUAGGCGUGGUCGACGACCCUGAAAGCAGUUCUGCCAACACUCUCGAGGUUAUCAACUGGCCGGAAAAGUACUACAAGAAGAUGAAGAAAUUGGGCUUCACAGAAGACCAGUUGGUGCCCCACGUCAUUGAUAACAGGGAGGCAGACUUGGUCCGUGACUUCCGAUCGGUUAUCAUCAAAUUCCUGGACGAGUGGGUGGAUCGCAUUUUCAAACAAGAGCAGAAGGAUUUCAACAACCGCAACGUGGAGGGAGCAAAUCUGGACGCUGACGAGUAUGGGUACUUCCGUACAAAGAACCUUGUGGACAUGUGGAGGAUGCUCAGGGAACAGCUGGACGGUGCCGCAGGCUCUCAGCGAGCAGACGUUGUCGAAGGCGUUGUGGAUGCCAUGUUCCUCAGACUACGACAAAGGCAAGAAGGAUGGCAAAAGAUGCUGGAGACGGAGGCAGCCAGGUUCGAAUCAGGGAAAGAACCAGAGCUCGAUGGAUUCCAAACGCUUCACGACUGGCUCGUGGCAACGGCCAAUGACCAGAUCGCCUGCAUCGAUGACAACGAGGAAGAGAGUCGCUUCGCGUAUCUGACCAGCUUCAAGCAGAAGUUUGAGCCGCUGGUCACACCACAAUACAUGGAACGCGCCGAGAACGAGGUCGCGGCUCUUCGCGACGGCUAUGUGGAUUUCAGCACUUGGUGUAUCACCAAAUUCGCCCGCCUCAUCUUUGCGGUGGACUUCAAGGCCGUCAUGUCAGAUUUCUUUACACCAAAAUGGUACACUGGCCAAGCGAUGAAGCAGAUCAUCUUCACCUUCCAGGACUACGUCGAGGACUACAAGCUGGUGCUCCACCACAGCAUAGUGGACAUUUUCAUCGAGAUCUUCGCGGACGAGCUCCUGAUCAGAUACUUGUCGUCCGUGAGGAACAAAGGGGCCAAGUUCCGACGGGCCGACAUGUUCAGCGACAAAUUGUUCGACGACCUGUCCGCGGCCUUCGACUUCUUCGACCAGCUGGAGAGGCCGGACGUUGCGGACGUGAUCAAGGGGACUUGGCGGGUGACGGAGAACUUCCUCGAGCUGCUGACGCAGCCGAAGGAGGCGAUCCCGGACGUGUUCGAGAACUUCAAGCGGUCCUACUGGGACCUGCAGCUCGGGUGGGUGGAGGCGGUGCUGAGAUCGAGGGACGACUUUGAGAGGAGCAUGCUGAACGCUGUUAAGAGCAGGGCAGCGUCCAUCGUUGUCGACAGGGGCCCGGAGACGAUCAUGGGGAAGAUCAAGUAG